CCCCUCGCGAGUUUAACUCGUAUGGGUCUCGUAGAGGUAACGAUGCUGUGAUGGCCAGAGGAACGUUCGCCAAUAUUCGUCUAGUCAACAAAUUCAUGAGCAAAGCCGGUCCUAGGACCCGACACAUUCCAUCCAGUGAUGAGAUGGACAUAUUUGAUGCCUCCGAGAGGUACAAGCAGGAAGGUCGCCAGGUCAUUGUUCUCGCAGGGAAGGAAUACGGGUCAGGGUCGUCCCGAGACUGGGCCGCAAAAGGACCCUGGAUACUGGGAAUUAAGGCCGUCAUAGCGGAGAGUUAUGAACGAAUCCAUCGUAGUAACUUGGUCGGGAUGGGGAUCAUUCCGUUCCAGUAUCUAGAGGGACAGACCGCCGAGACCCUGGGGCUGACCGGUACCGAGACCUACUCUGUAGAUAUACCAGACAACCUCACUGCAGGUCAAGUGUUAGAGGUCAAGCUGAGUAAUGGCAAAACAUUCCAAGUGAAGACGAGGUUUGACACGGAGGUGGAGUUGACCUAUUUUAGACACGGGGGAAUCCUGAACUACAUGAUACGACGGAUGUUAUGAUAGGACAGAAUCCGCGACACGCUUCAGUGAUUUCGCGUCCAGACCGAUCACGACAUAGUUAUUCCGGAUGUUGACAUGGAAUUAAAGAGUUGAUUGUUUUGAUAAUUUGUAUGAAUAAUUGUGAAUGGAUGAUUAAUGUGGGGGGAAAGUGCUAGUUUAUAAAGGGAGAACUUUUAAGGGUAAUUGAUUCAAGAAGAAAAGGCUCAAUUCAUGUUUGAUUUUGUUAUGAUUGGUUUUGAUAUUUAUUAUUAUAUUUUUCAGUGAAUUUAACAUUGGAAAGUUAUAGGAAUUUAAUGAUAUUACAUGUAGGCUAUGUGAUAUUCUUUCUUGGAAAAGUAUUUUUUUUAGGGCAAUUUUUUUUUCUCUAUGGGCAUCAUGAAUAUUUUUUAGGUGCAUUAAAUAUAAGUGGAUGUUAAUGUACCAUGUAAAAA